AUGAAGCCAUUCAAACCACCAAGUCGUAUUGGCAGCUUAUCGACUUCAAGCUCAGCGACAUUUGCAUCAUCACCGCCCAGAGAGCCGCCUGCCAAGAAGCGGCGAAUCAGUCAGGACGACGAGGACCAGGAGCAAGCUGCAAAUCUCGAGGCUUCUGUCGCGGCUGCCAACGUCUUGAAAGUCAAGCCAUUCCAAGUACCCAAGAAGUUUGUUGCCCCCGCUCGAAAACCACUGGAGCCUCUCAGCGUGCCGAAUGGAUCAUCCCAAGGCGAGCCGAAGGCAGAAGCCCUGGCUGAGAGCUACUACAUUGUUGUGUGGCGGAAAUUCACCAUGAAGAAGAACAAAACUUGGGAUGGUGACGGUGUCCUCUCUGUCAAAGGCACCUAUGCGACUCUUCAAGACAUUUCUGGUGGCAAAGAACUUGGCCGUGGAGUGUGCAGAGGCCCUCUUCUCCCCGGAUCCGAGCUAUCACUGGGCGGCAAAGAGAUUGAAGUCGACUCCAUAAUUUCCAAGGAAGACUACCUGGCCGGCAAGCCCUUUCUUAGUAAGACCAAGAGUGCUCCGCCGCCAUCUCUCAAGGAGAUCAACGGAACCGAUCGAGUGACCCACAAGGAACAAGCCCGGUUUAAGAAGCUGGCUGUCAACCAGAAGGAACGACUCGUCAGGACUGCAGCGUCAAGCAAUGCAGCAAAGUCAACCUUCAAAGCUCCGUUGAAGAACAACACUGUUCAGGUAGCACCCAGAGAGUCCAAGAAACCAGUCCCACGACACGAUCCCUCAGCUGAGAACGCUUUCGUGAUGAAGAGGCUAGAGAGUGUACCCAGAGGAAAGCAAAUCGUCGACGUUGUAAUGGAUCCACUCCUCAACAAGGCUCUUCGUCCCCAUCAGCGUGAGGGAGUUGCUUUCUUGUACGAAUGUGUGAUGGGCAUGAAAGGAUACACCGGCGAGGGCUCUAUACUAGCCGACGAGAUGGGGUUGGGAAAGACGUUGCAAACGAUCGCCUUACUGUGGACGUUGAUGAAGCAGAAUCCAGUAUACGAGGAUCCUCCAGUCGUCAAAAAGGCACUCAUAGUGUGCCCCGUCACACUCAUCACCAACUGGCGCAAAGAGUUCCGCAAGUGGCUGGGGAAUGAACGCAUUGGUGUAUUCGUUGUCGACAACAACAAAACUCGUCUUACGGACUUCACGAAGGGCCGUCAAUACCAUGUUAUGAUCAUCGGCUACGAAAAGCUCACCAAGGUCAUCGAUCAGUUGCAGGGAGACUGCGGCAUCGACAUAGUCAUCGCCGACGAAGGCCAUCGACUCAAGACUUCGAAGAACAAGGCCGGGCUUGCCAUCAGGUCCCUCAACACCGAACGCAGAAUCAUUCUGAGCGGCACACCUGUGCAGAAUGAUUUGGAAGAAUUCUAUCAGAUGGUCGACUUUGUCAAUCCUAGUAUCAUGAGCAAAUACACGACCUUCAAGAAGGAGUUUGAGACGCCUAUUGAAAAGAUGCGUCAACCAGAGGCCACCAGGAAGGAGGUGGAGCUGGGUGCGGCUCGUUUGAAGGAACUCAUGGAACGCACCGGCAUCUUCAUUCUCCGGCGCACUGCAGAAAUCCUGUCAAAGUACCUGCCGCCCAAGACGGAGUACGUGGUGUUCUGCAGACCGACACAGGCGCAAGUGUCUGUUUACCGUACCAUUCUCGGCACGCAAGCCUUCAAGGUCGCCUUGGAUACACCGAAGUCUGCGCUUGGACUUAUCAACGUCCUGAAAAAGGUCUGUAACAGCCCCUCCCUGCUUUUGGAGAAGAACAACAAGGGCGAAGAGGCUACCGAUGUCCAGUUUCUUGAGGGCGUGUCUUCAUCGUCGCUCAACCGCGGCGCGAGUGGAAAGUUGCAGGUUCUGGACUCGCUCUUGCACCAGAUCCACAGCACGACUGACGAGAAGGUGGUGCUGGUGAGCAACUACACUCAAACCCUCGAUGUUCUGGCCAAGCUUCUGACUUCACUGGACUAUCGUUUCAUUCGGCUGGACGGAUCGGUUGCUCAGAACAAGCGCCAAGAUCUCGUGGACCGAUUCAAUCGGUCGCCAAAGAGCAACUCGUUUGUCUUCUUGCUGUCAACGAAAGCAGGCGGGUCUGGUCUCAACCUCGUUGGUGGAUCUCGACUCAUUCUCUUCGAUUCGGAUUGGAACCCUGCGAACGAUGCCCAGGCAAUGGCGCGGAUCCAUCGAGAUGGACAGAAGCGGCCCUGCCACAUCUAUCGUCUCCUGACACAGGGUGCUCUCGAUGAGAAGAUCUACCAGCGCCAGGUCAGCAAGACAGGACUUGCAGACAGCGUUGUAGACAGCAAAUCCACUGCCAACAGUUUUACCAAAGCGGAGCUGCGCGAUCUGUUCACCUUCGACGAGAGUCAAGAUUGCCAGACGCACAAACUGCUCGGAUGCGACUGCGGUGGGACUGGACAGCCUGUUGAACCGCCUGCCGAGGACGUUGUGGAGGAAGUGGAGGUCGAUGAAGAGACUGGCAUUGAGAUUAUGCGGCUGGACCAGAGCGAUGACGAAGAACUGCCUGUCGUUCCGGAGUAUAGCAGCAAACUUGUGAAGCUUUCGGAAGUCGAUCGGGAUGCGCAGGAGGCGGAGAUUGCGCGCGAGAAGCGCGGAAAGGCGAAGAUGUUGAGCUUGAUGCGGUAUACGCAUUUCGAUACGGCAAGGGUGAAGGAGAAGGUUGCUUCGAGCGAAGAGGCGGAUGAGGAGUCUGAAGUCUCGGAACUGAAUGUUGUCGAUACGGCUAUUGAGGACGCUGCGCUGCGGAAGGUGGUUUGCGAGGAGGGUGGUAGAGUUGGGUUCGUCUUUGCGAAACUGAGCUGCUGA